AUGACACAGCAGCCCGACAGCCACUCCCCCGAUGCAGAGAUCGCCGAAAUCCUGUCGCUGCAGAGCGUCCGUACACAGGCACAACAUGUCCUCGACGCCGCACGGAAAGGCCUCCUGAACCACUUCGACUACGACGAGAGUCGGAUGCCCGAAGUCGCCGACUACGUCGUCUCCAUCAUCUCGCGUGACUUUGGCCCCGACAGGUACGACCAGAUCCCGCCGCACGGGCGAUGGCAGCAGUUCAACGUGGGCAACCAUGAACGAAUCACGCCACUGCUGGAGCGGUGGACGGCCCAGGGCUGCGACAAGACCGAGCUCGCCCGCCGCAUGGUCGACCUGUUAUUUGUUUCGGUUCUCAUGGACGCUGGCGCCGGCGACGUCUGGCAGUUCCGCGAGCCGGGGACGGGCCAGACGUACGGGCGGAGUGAGGGCAUUGCAUUGGCGACGCUGCACAUGUUUUUGGGCGGGAAGUUCCAGUCCCAGGGCACGGGUGAGGGUCACUUCGUUGACGCUCGGGGCCUCGCCGACAUGAGCGAGGACACGAUGCAGCAGGGUUUUCAGAUCUUCAGGACCAACGAGAUGACGGCUUUCUCGUCGCGGGUGACACUGCUCAAUCGACUGGGCGUGUCACUGCUCAACCUCACCCACAUCUUCGGGCCUACGGGGCGGCCGGGAGGUCUUGUCGACUAUCUGCUCGCCAACGCCGUCGGAUCCAAUGUCCUCGACUUCGCCUUCCUGUGGCAGACACUGCAGCAAUUACUUCUCCCCGUCUGGCCAGAGAACCGCCCGCACAUCGCCGGACGGCCCAUCGGCGACGCCUGGCCGCUGCGCGUGCUGGCCCAGACGACGACCGGCACCAAACCGCUCACCGGCGCCAUCCAGCCCUUCCACAAGCUGACCCAGUGGCUGGCCUACUCGCUCAAGGUGCCCUUUCUGCGACUGCUGGAUCUGCGAUGGACCAACGAGCACCUCAGCACGGGGCUGGCCGAGUACCGCAACGGCGGCAUCUUCGUGGACAUCCCGGUGCUGCGCCUGAAGCCGGACGCCCUGCGACGCGGCCAGAGUCUGUCGGGCCAGGUGCUGCCCCAGUUCGAGGCCACGGGCGACGAGAUCGUCGAGUGGCGCGCCAUGACGGUUGCACUGUUGGACGAGCUGCACAAGAUAUUGGUGGAGAAGAAGAAUGUCCCUGUGAGUUUAGGACAGAUGCUCGAGGCCGGCACGUUCAAAGCGGGCAGAGAGUUGGCCGCCCAGUUCAGGCCGGCCACCAGGUCCAGCCCGAUCCUGAUUGCCGGGGAUGGGACGCUUUUCUAG